GCGGAGCCGCCUGGAGCCCGCGUCUAGGCACCGUCUGCCCGCCCUGUCCCGCCCGGCCGGCCGCCGCUGUAAUGCCCGGCCAGCAUCGCAAUUCCCCGCUCAGCUCGGCCCAGCCCCGUCCCCGGCCCGGCCUCGGAGAGAUCCCGGCUGGCCGGCCCGCCCGACCUCCUCUCCUCGCGUCGCCCGCCCCACCCGGCCCGGCCCAGCCCGGGGGCUGCCUGCCCUCGCCGGCCAGCGUCAUGCGUAGCCUCCCGGGUCCGCCGGCUCGGUUUCUACUUUUCGGGCUCCUGGUGCUGGGGUCUCGGGCAGCCCGCGGCUCCGGCCCCGAGCUCCCCCAGCUGCCCAUCCGGCCCGAGAAAGAGCCGCUGCCCGCCCGGGGUUCAGCAGGCUGUUCCUUCGGGGGAAAGCUCUAUGCCCUGGAAGAGACGUGGCACCCGGACCUGGGGGAGCCCUUUGGGGUGAUGCGCUGCGUGCUGUGCGCCUGCGAGCUGCCCUCUUGGGGUCGCCGUGGCAGGGGUCCAGGACGGGUGAGCUGCAAGAACAUCAAACCCGAGUGUCCGGUGCCCAACUGCGGGCAGCCUCGCCAGCUGCCGGGUCACUGCUGUCAGACUUGCCCCCCUGAACUGACCCCUCCCGAAAAGCAGCACUCUGCUUCGGCCUUCGAGUACCCUCGGGACCCGGAGCAUCGCAGCUACAGCAGCCGCGGGGAUCCUGGAGCUGAAAAGAGGGCCCGAGAGGAUGGUCACACGGACUUUGUGGCGCUGCUGACUGGCAGAGGGUCGCAGGCAGUAGCCAGAACCCGGGUGCUGCUGCUGCGGUCCACCCUGCGUUUCUCCGUCUCCUACAGAGGGCUGGACCGCGUCACCCGAGUUCGAUUCACAGACCCAAGUGGCAACAUUCUGUUUGAGCACCCUGCUCCCCAAGCCCAGGAUGGUUUGGUCUGUGGGAUGUGGCGGGCACUGCCCCGGCUCUCCCUUCGGCUUCUUCGGGCUGAGCAGCUGCACGUGGUGCUGGUCACACCCACUCACUCCUCCGGUGAAGUCUGGGGGCCCCUGAUCCGACACCGGGCAUUGGCUGCAGAGACCUUUAGUGCUAUCCUAACCUUAGAGGGUUCACCCCAAGCCAACACUGGUGGGAUCGCCCUCCUCACCCUGAGUGAUACAGAGGACUCCCUACACUUCCUCCUGCUUUCCCAGGGCCUACUGGACUCUAAGAAUGGUGGAUCUUUCCACACUCCCCUUCGGCUGCAGAUUCAACAUGAGGACCAGCUCCUCCGAGAGCUCCAGGCCAACCUCUCUGCCCAUGAGCCUGGCUUUGCUGAGGUAUUGCCUGACCUUACGGCUCAGGAGAUGCAGUGGCUAGCUCUGGGAGAGCUUCAGAUAUCCCUGGAGAAGAAGGAGGGCCCCGGCCCCCGGAUCAGUGGGCAUAUCACUGCCAGGCAGAGCUGUGACACCCUGCAAAGUGUCCUGUGUGGUGCAGAUGCCUUGGUGCCGGUGGAGACUGGUGCGGCAGGCUCAGCCAGUCUCAGGCUUCUGGGGAAUGGCUCUCUGCUUUAUCAGGUGCAGGUAGUUGGCACAGCCAGUGAGGUCACAAGUGUGACCCUGGAGACCAAACCUCGGAGGAGAAACCAGCGCAGUGUUCUGUGCCAAAUGACCAGAGGCCAACAAGAAGGGCAUAUGGUACUGGGCAUGUGUCCAAGUCUAGGUGCCCGGGGAGUUCACAUGCUGCUACAGAAUGAGCUGUUUCUGAAUGUGGGCACCAAGGACUUCCCUGAGGGAGAGCUACGUGGGCAUGUUGCCACUGUGCCCUAUAGUGGGUACACUGCCCGUCAAGAUGUGCUUCCUGUGCCCUUGGCAGGCGCUCUGGCCCUGCCCCCCAUACGAAGCCAGGCUGCAGGGCAUGCCUGGCUUUUCCUGGAUGGGCACUGCCACCUGCAUUAUGAGGUCCUGCUGGCUGGGCUCAGUGGUUCUGAGCAGGGCACUGUCACUGUCCACCUCAUUGGCCCCCCUGGCCUUCCAGGGCCCCAACGCCUGCUGAAGGGAUUCUAUGGUCCUGAGGCCCAGGGGAUUGUCAAGGACCUGGAGUCUGAGUUACUGCAUCACCUGUCCCAAGGCAUGGCCUUCCUGCUGGUCAGCACCAAGAGCAGUCCCCGUGGGGAGCUUCGGGGACAGGUGCACAUCCCCAACCAGUGUGAGGUGGGCAGCCUGCGGUUGGCAGCACCCCUGCCUGAAAAGGUGGCUCCUGAUCUGACGGUGGCUGCGGCACCCAUGAGAUUCCUAAACCCUGAAGCACCAGAUGUGGUAGCGUCUGCGAUGCCUGCGUCCAUGGGCCCAAUGGAGGCCCAGCCCAUGCCAGAAUCUUCUGUGUCAGCAGUCUCUAAGACGGGUGGGGGCGGACACCUCCGUGAUCCCAACACUUGUUUCUUUGAGGGGCAGCAGCGCCCCCAUGGAGCCCGCUGGGCUCCCAACUACGAUCCAGUCUGUUCUCUCUGCACCUGUCAGAGACGAACAGUGAUCUGUGACCCUGUGGUGUGUCCGCCCCCGAACUGCCCUCACCCUGUGCAGGCUCCAGACCAAUGCUGCCCCGUUUGUCCUAAAAAAUCGGACGUUGGAGACAGGCAAGGGCUGGAUCGGAGUCGGGACCCGGGAGAAGGCUGCUACUUUGAUGGUGACCGGAGCUGGCGUGCUGCAGGGACCCGUUGGCAUCCUGUGGUGCCCCCCUUUGGUCUCAUAAAGUGUGCUGUCUGUACCUGCAAGGGAGCAACAGGGGAGGUGCACUGUGAGAAGGUGCAAUGUCCCCGACUGACCUGUGCCCAGCCUAUCCGUGCCAACCCCACUGACUGCUGCAAACAGUGCCCAGCGGGGUCUGGAUCUCGGGCCUGGCUAGGGGACCCCAUGCAGGCAGAUGGGCCAAGAGGCUGCCGCUUUGGGGGUCAAUGGUUCCCUGAGAGUCAGCGGUGGCACCCAUCAGUGCCCCCCUUUGGGGAGAUGACCUGUAUCACAUGCAGGUGUGGGGCUGGGGUGCCUCACUGUGAGAGGGAUGACUGUCCCCCUGCCUUGGCUUGUGGCUCUGGGAAGGAAAAUCGCUGUUGUUCGCACUGCUUGUCCCGAGCCUCUGAGACCAGGAUGGAGCCGGAGCUGGAGAAAGAAGCUGGGGACUCAUAGGCAACUGACUGAACAAAGCCCGUACAAGAAGGCCCAGGGCAUGAGGGGAGUGGGCCGCCAGGAUGAGAGAGGGGUGGG